CCCAUCACCACCGCCGAGGUUGUUCCUCUUCCGACGACCUGUCCGAGGCCUGAGCUCAGCUGCCAUUGCGACGCCGGUCUCGGCUUCUGGCCCGCCCACGAGGCGCAUCGCUCUUGUCCGCUGGGCGUGACUCGACUCACGGACGCCUGCAACUGCUGCUACUAUUGCGCUCGUCAAGAGGGCGAAGCGUGCAGUUCGAGUCUGCACUGCGAGCCCCGGGUCCCGGGCCGGCCAGUCGAGAGCGACUCUUCCUUGGCGCGUUCGAACGCACAACGGACGCUCCGUCGGACCAACGUGGUCGGCCUUCUCGUCUGCUACUACGACCCCGGCCGAGGCGAAUUGGGCGUCCGAAGACGGCCUCGCCUCGGUUCGUCGGAUCGGACCGAGGCGUCGGCAGAUGAGCAGUCGUUGGAGGCGGACUCGGAGGCCGCAACUCGCGGAGCCCGAUGGAGACAGACCAGGCAGUUGGUGUCAAGACCGACGCAUCCAAACGCCAUGGGCACUUGUUGGAGUGAGUAA